AUGGGGGGAAUGCGGGGAUCGAGCCAUAAGAGGGUGCCGGUGGCGUUGAAGCUCCCGCAGCUGCAGAACCUGGUCAAGCGGGACAAGGAAGGGUACAGAGAUGAGUUCCGGCAGCAGCACCGGAACUACCUGUCCGAGCUGGAGAUCUUCAAGCUGAAGCCCUCCAAGGAUAGCGACCGUUUCGCCGAGCUGGUGACGUUCAUGAGCCACGUGGCCCCCUGCUACAAGAAGGAGACGAAGGAGUUCGGGCCUCAGCUCAAGGCGCUGCUGGAACAGCACGGCCCGGUUCUGCACCCCUCUAUCCGGAUGAAGCUGGUUCAGGCGCUGAUCCUGCUGCGCAACCGCGGCGUGCUGGACCCCACGGAGCUGCUAAGCCUCUUCUUCGGCCUGUUUCACUGUCAGGACAAGAUGUUGCGUGUCAUGCUGUACGACCACAUCGUGAACGACAUAAAGUCUAUCAACGAGAAGGGCAGGAACCCGAAGCUCAACAAGACCAUCCAGAACCUGGUGUUCACGAUGCUCAAGGACGACAGCGAGAUCGCCGCCAAGAAGUCUCUGGACAUCAUGGUUGUUCUCUACCGGAAGAGAGUAUGGGUGGACGCGCGUACAGUGAACGUCAUUGCGACGGCUCUUCUCGCGGACACCCCCAAGCUUGCGUGCACGGCUCUGAACUUCUUCCUCAACAUCGACACCAUGAUGGCGGACGACGACGACGAGGAGGGCAAGGCGGAGACGGCACAAGCACAGGUGAACACGCACGAGCACUCGAAGAAGACCGCUAAGCGGGCGCGCAGCGUGCAGAAGCAGGUGAAGACGAACAAGAAGAAGAACAAGGCCGCCCUGUCGGACGAGUCCAACGGCGGCCUCUUCCCGGCGAUCAACCUGCUGCACGACCCCCAGGGCACGGUGGAGAAGGUCUUCCGCCGCCUCCGCCAGUCCAAGCAGCGCUUCGAGGUGAAGCUCCUGAUGAUGAACUUCAUCUCGAGGGUGGUCGGGGCGCACCGUCUGCUCCUGCUGCCUUUCUACAGCCAUCUCCAGCGGUACGUUGCCUCGCAGCAGCGAGAGGUGACGCACAUCCUCGCCUACCUGGUGCAGGCCUGCCAUGACCUCGUGCCCCCCGACGAGGUGAUGCCGGUGAUCAAGGCCGUGGCGUACAACUUCGUGACGGAGCGGUGUCCGGGGGAGGUGAUGGCGUUGGGCAUCAACUCCAUCCGCGAGGUGGCGAGGAGGAUACCAGCCCUCCUGGAGGAGGAGGGAAUGGACGUGCUAGUCGUGGACCUGGCGGCGUACAGCAAGCACGCGGACAAGAGCGUGGUGGUAGCCGCGAGAGGCUUCAUCAACUUCGUCCGCGAGACGUACCCGAGCCUGCUCAAGUCCAGGGACCGCGGCAGGGAGCACGACAUCACGGCCAGGCCCGCCAAAUACGGGUCUCGCUCUGUGUCUGAGGGCGUCGAUGGGGCUGACCUGCUUACCCUCCAUGAGCAAGGGCUCAUGCCUCUCGAGAAGGACGACGACGACGAAGGAGAUGGGGAAGGGGGCGACGCAGAUGAGGAGGAGGACCAGGAGGAGGUGCCGCAGUUGGUAUCCAUGCCGGAAGAUGGCAUGGAGGUGGAGGGGGUCGAAGAGGAGGAGGAGGAAGAAGAAGAGGAGGAGGAGGAAGAGGAGGAGGGGAGGCCGAGCAAGCGGGCGAGGGUGUCGGACAAGGGUGGCAAGGGUAAGAAGGGGGAGGAGGAAGGGCAAGGCCGGAAGAAGGGCGUCAAUUUCACGAGCGAGACCAAGGUGGCGGAUGGACCCGGCCCUAACGGUCCCGUCGACCCGGGACCGACAACGAAGGUACCGUUGCGACAACGCGUGGACAGCACGAGGAUCUUGAGCGCGGAGGAUUUCGAGAAGAUCAAGAAGCUCAAGCACCAGGCUGCCACGGCCGCGAAGCAGAGGACGCACAAGCGCAAGCACAACAUCGGCGGCAGCGACUCGGAGGACAGCGACGACGGGGGCGAAGAAGGGCAGAGCUUUUCCGUGGACCCGAGAGCGCUCGAGGGGUACCGGAAGCGUCGGCGAGCCACGCUGGAGGAGAGGCUGGAAGGCGUCAUUCGCGGAAGGGAGAAGUUCCAGGCGAACAGUCACGCAGGAGGGCUGACCAACGCCGAGAAGGAGCGUAAGAAGAACUACCUCAUGAUCCGCAAGGGAAAGGCCGUCAAGCACAAGACCAGGAUGGGCGAGAAGCAGGUGAUGGCGCAGAAGAACAGAGGAGGAAAGGUUCAGAUGUCGCGCAACAAGCAAAAAAAAAAACGGACGUAA